CUCUCGAUUGAUAUAAUUCACAACCCUUAUGCGGAAAAACCCACCUCGGACAAAAAUGGAGCCCACGGCUCCAAAAGUGCAAAGUCGAUAUCUCAACGGUCCAUCAGUUUCUUGCCAUGAUCACUGCAAAGGUGCCACUAAAGAACCAACCGAAACAAAGCCCAUAAAUUUGUUUCCAAGAAGAAUUCCAAGAGACCCUCCAGAUAGAACAAAGCUGGAAGCAUCGAAUUCCCUAAACAGGAUUAAGAAAUCACCUUCAAUCGUUCCCAAGAUCACAUCACGCAAUGUCAAGAACAAUACUGUUGUUAAGGAUGCAAAUGUAAAGAAAGAUGGCUUAACAUUAUCAACCAAGAAAAGCGAUGCCAUUGAACCAAAGAGUCGAGACAUGAAGCCAAAGUCUGAGAAUUCACAGGCCAAGAAAUACAAUCCUUCACAGUCAAGAACAUCUAGAAGAAGACAUAGUGACAUCUUUCUACCAAAUGAAGAUAUGCCGCUCUCAUCUUCAAGAGUUCCUAAAAGACGACUCAGUGAAAUCGGUAUACAACCUAAGAAAGAUGUUGUAUCAGGUUCUAAUACGUCUUCGGUUCGAGGUUCAAGAAUCAACAAGAACGAACAAAGAAAAGAUUCAAAAGUCUCGGUGAAUAAGAAACCUAAUUCUAUAAACCCUACAGUUUCCAGCCCGAAAAGAGGUGCAAAGGUGCCGUUGUUGAGAAGCUAUAAAAGUCUCCCGCAAUCGGAGCUUAAAAGUCCAAGAAAGUCAAAGCCCAGGAAACCUAUUGAAGAAGUUGUUCCAGAAAAGACUUUGCAUGUCGUGGAACCCAAUAACGAUGUUGAAACUACUGAAACCCUAUUGCAUGUCGUCAUGCCCAACGAUGUUGUUGAAACUGAUAAAACCGAGUUUACUACUACGCCUGCAGAUUCUUCUCCAAGCUCCGAGGACAAAGUCAUGACACAUGAUCAUAACGGGAUGCAAGUCGUAGAGCCCAACAACGAUGUUGAAACUGCUGAAACCCUGUUGCAUGUCGUUGAGCCCAACGAUGCUGUUGAAACUAAUAAAACCGAAAGUACUACUACGCAUGAUUCUUCUCCAAGUUCCGAGGAGAAUGUCAUGACACAUGAUCAUAACGGGGUAGAAGAAUGUUCAGCACCGAAGGAAGAUGAUUUUACAGCAGCGGAUGAUCAACAUAAUGAAAGCAUAGCAGAUACAGAAGUCACUGAUACAAAAGAGGCCAUACGGGUUGGAAAGUUGGUGGUGGAAACUACAGAUUGUUCUCUUGAAGACCUAGAAUUCAUAAGAGGAAGGGUGCUAACUAGUCCUUUAUCCGAGGGCAGCAGUCCAAGAAAUCUGCAGUUCAGGCAAGGAAACGAGUUGGAUGAUAACGAAACUGAGAAGGUCGAGAAGAUAAUUUUGAGGAGAAUGUCAACUGAUGGCGUGAUACAUAUUCCUGAAAGUCAUUCGGUCAAUGUUGAUCUUAAACACCAAGAAAUAGCAGAAAAGGAAAGUCCUACAUUGUCCAACAAAGUUAUUGAAGAGACUGCUAACAAACUUAUUCAGACAAGGCAGAGCAAGGUCAGAGCUCUAGUGGGUGCUUUUGAAAAAGUCGUUUCCGGUAGCAACCAGACACCUUAGACUAGCAGAAGUACUAAACUGUUAUGGUAACGUAUUAUGCUUCUUUUCCUGUGAAACAAAAUAUUUUUAUCAUAUUGAUCUAGUAUCAUGAGUAGUGUCUUUCAAUUCACCCAUGGGGUUCAGGUAUAUUUGGAACUUUGAUCGAAUCAUGAAACCACAUGUGAGAACACAACACAACAAGCUGGAUUACAUUAUUAGUACAAUGUUACGAAGCUCCUAUUGUCCCAUCCAGCCUGACAUCUCCUUUCAUAACUUGCUUAGAAGCAUCACAAUGUCUCAGAAUCUUAUAUGACAAAUUUUACAGAUAUUAUGUCAUGAUCUCUUAAAAAGAAAUUGAUUGACAAUCGACAUGGACGCCAAACAAUUCAAGAAUAUGUGGAAGACACGAAACAAGUUGUUGAAAAUCUUUUAGUAGUCAGGGACCCCAUAGAUGAUGAAGAUCAAGUUGUAUUUUUGCUUCAUAACAUAGUAGAUGAAUUCAAAGAUAUGGUAGC